CCGUCGGUCCGCCUCCAUUUGCCCUUUAUAGAAGUCUGUGGACGUCUUUAGAAUUCGCUUCCACCGCUUUAAAUGCCUCCCCCUCCUCGAUUUUAGAUCGUUUCCGCCCCUUCCCUCUCUGCGAUCGAAUUUUGGAGCUGCAGCAAACCCUAGUCGACUCGGGCGAAGCGGGAGACAUGGCGAGGUUCUCGCGGGAUGCGAUCGACACCUUCAUGAGCAUCACCGGCGCCCCCGAGGCCGUCGCGCUGCAGAAGCUCGAGGAACGUGGUGGGGACCUGAAUGAAGCUAUUAAUGCUCACUUUAGCGAAGUAGAUAGGGUUAACACAAAUCAAGGGUCUGUCCCUCCUCGUGAAGAUUUGAUGCAGACAGAUGACGCUUUUGACAGUGGGCCUCUAAGGCCUUCUUUUCCAUUAUUAUCUGCUACUCGAGAUGUGAACCCAUUUUCUCUGCUUGAUUCAAAAUUUGGCCUUUUUUCAAGCCUUUUUGAUGGUGGAGGUGCUUCCAGUUUUCCUAGACAUGGUCCACGUGUUUCUCACCCAAGGGAGGUAAGGGAAAUUCCCAUUGAUUUCAAGGAUGACAACAGAGGAAGUGGACCUUCUGGUGUAGGACCUAGAAUUGAGGAGGUCACUGGAAAUGAAACUGCACAUGGUCAUGAGAUUCAUGGCACUGUCAUCAUUGAUGAUGAAGAUGAUGAUGGCAUUCAACCUACUCAUGGUGGUCAUGGUGUUAAAUCCUCUGCUGACACCUCUCUUGGUCAGUGUGCUGGACCAAGUGUUUCCCCGUUGGCUGAUAUGACUGAUUAUAGCAAUGAGAUAGAAGAGGAAAUGAUCAAAGCUGCUAUUGAAGCUUCCAAGCGAGAAGCUCAGCAACAUGAUAUUCAUGAUCACCCAAAGUCGCCUGCAACUGAUGAUACUGAUCUUGCACGAGCCGUUUCAUUGUCCUUGAAGACAGCAGAACAAGAGAGAGUGCUACGUCAACAGGGUGUGUAUGUUGGAGAGAAUCCAUCUAUUAUGGAAGUAGAUGAUGCAGAAAAAGAUGCUGCAUUUAAUGGAAGGCAUGGAUUUGUUUCAGCUGACACUGGAACCUCAAGUCAAGUGAAAUCAGAGGAGGAAAAUCCAUUUGUUUUGGAAGAAAGUGAAGACAUAGAGGAACAACCUUUAGUGAGACACCGUUCCAGGCAUUUAACUCCUGCUAAUGUAGAUUCUGCAGACUCUGGACAAGUCAGCUAUAGUGCUUCAGGUCCUCCACAGCCUAUAGAUAGGCACCCUCAGCAUAAUGGACAUGUUUUUGAGAAUGACGAGUGGGGUGGGAUAUCUUCCGAGGAGCAUGAUGAAGCUGUCAUGCUUGAGGCUGCAAUGUUCGGUGGUAUUCCUGAUGGAACAUCAUAUCGUUUUGGAUAUCCACCUCGUCAAAUGCCUCGUCCACCAUCCCCUACACUUACAGCACAGCGCUUGUUAAGAGAGCAACAGGAUGAUGAGUAUCUUGCAGCACUGCAAGCUGAUAGAGAAAAAGAAUUGAAGGCCCAGCAGGAGGCUCAACUUCGCCAUUUGGAAGAGACUGCUGCCAGGGAAGCUGCUCUUCAGAAGCAGAAGCAUGAAGAGGAGGAAAAUCAAAAGAAACAGCUUGAGGAAGAGGAACUUGAGUUGAAGCUUGCUGCAAAGCAAUCAUUAUUACCACAGGAGCCUUCUUUAGAUGAUGGAAAUGCUGUGACUCUUCUCGUGCGUAUGCCUGAUGGAAGUAGGCGUGGACGUCGCUUUCUGAAAUCUGACAAACUUCAGUUGCUUUUUGAUUACAUUGACGUUGGAAAGGUGGUUAAGCCCGGCUCCUACAGAUUGGUGAGGCCAUAUCCUCGUCGUGCUUUCACCGAAGAAGAAACCCAACUAUCCUUGAGCGAACUGGGCCUGACGAGCAAGCAAGAGGCACUGUUUCUAGAGUUGAUUUAGAGCCUGCGAUGCUUGGAAGUGCUAGAACAAUAGAUCAACUUAUCACAUGAAAAUUGGAUGCUUCCACGGGUGUUUGCCUGAGAUGUUGGUGGUCUCAAACCAUGACCAAGUGUUUGGUUGAACUCAGUCCAUGUGUGAAGACUUGGUGAUUUGCCCCUUUUGGUGAGAUUUGAAUGCUCUUUCAGGAAUGGUUUCAUUUCUAUGUUUGCAGUCGUCGGUCCAGAAAACCGUGUACAUAUAAAGAAAGGUCGCCACGAACCAUGUUUGCUACCAAAAAAAUGAAAAGAAAAAAUAGAGGUUUAAUAAAGAGAAACUAAUAUUCUCUUC